AUGAAAAAUUUUGAACAAAAGAAAUCUUUAAAUUAUAAAUCAAAAGAUGAAUAUAAAAAUCAAUUAGAUAAAAUUUAUGAAAUAAAUCUUCAUGGAAAAUUUACAGUAAUUGUUCAUAGAUCAUUUGUUCGAUUACAUAUUCGUCCAACAACAUAUAUUAAUCCAUGUUAUUUAUAUGAUUUAUCAUCUCGAUGUGAUUCAGAAAUGGUUUUACAUUCGAAUUUAAUUGAUAAUUAUUAUUUAGAUGAAAAUAGAAAAGAAAAAAAACGAAAAUCAAUACAUAGAAAAAUGAGAAAAUUAGUAACAAAAUAUAAAAAAUCGAUUAAAGAAAAUAAAACAUCAACAUUUAUUAUUCAUGCAUUUACAACACAAAAACAGAAUAAUUAUUAUAAAAUUCCACCAGUUAUUACCGAACAAGAACAUUCUCAUUAUGGAUUUUUUGUAUUUCUUUUUGUUAUUAGUAUUAUUAUUCUUGGUUUUAUUUUAUGGUAUGUUUUCAUUAAACUAUCACAAUCACCUAAAUCAACUAUUCGACCAUUAUCUGAUGAUUGUGAUUCAGACGGUGGUAAUGAUAAUGAUCAAUAUUUCGAAUCGAUUGACUCUUCAACUAUUGGUGAAAUUCUUUCCGAUUUAAUUCAGCAUGAAGUAAAUGUAGCCAAUGCAAAUCCUAAUCUAGAACCAUCAACUGAUCUUCUCAAAUUUCUUUCUAAUACAUCAGAAAUUUUUCAUAUAAUUCGAACAAUAAUAACAAAAAAAUAUUCAUGUCAAUCAUUAAAUCCAACAUAUUUUCUUCAAUAUCAAUAUUUAAUUGACAUUCUUCAUAGUUCAGAAUUUAUUCUUGAAUAUCUUCAUCAAUAUUAUUCACAUGAAAAAAUAUUUUUAAUUGAAAUUUUAACACAUCUUUAUCAAAUUUUAUCAUUAAUGAAUAAUAACUCAUCUAAAUGUCAAUAUAUUUGUCAAUAUCUUAGUGAUACUCUUCAGAAAUUAAAUAGAAAACAAAGUUCUUAUUCAUAA